AUGAAGAAAAAGAAUGUGACCCAAGUGGAACGCCAUUUGGAAACAAUGUUUGAACAAGCAUUGUACUCGGAUCUGAGCCUUGUCUUUUUACAUCCCAUGUUCCCUUUGAGAAUGCGUUUCGAUGUCCAUCAAGCCAUUGUCUCACAAGCGCCUUUCUUUAAGCAACUUCUCGACAAUCAGCACCUAUUAGAUCAUGAGCACCAGCAGCAACAGCAACCUGAGCAACACAAAGUGAAUACAGCAGAAGGUCGUUCAGUCAUGACACUCAAUAUCAACAUGCUUCAAGCAUUGCUUCAAAGAAAAUUCGUCCUGACACCUUUUCAACACAUUAUUCGACGCAAAUGGCAACGACCGCAUGAGUCCAAUAGCAGCAGCGACAAAGCACAACAACAACCCCUCUUUACCCACAUUCUUGCAUCCCAUGUGCGAUAUGCUUUACAAUGGAUGUAUUGCAAUGACAAGGACGAGUUUUUCGAACAGAUGGAAGAGGAUGAUACAUUACGCGUAUUGGCCAUUGCGAUUCUUUUUCAACUGGAUGAUCUUGCUCAUGCAUGUGCUGAACGCUACACCACCUAUCAACUUUCUAUGUUUACCAUCAUGCGCGAUCUUGAGCAUAUUUGCCAAUUGCCACGUGACCACGCAGCGUAUCUACAGUUACGGGAUGCUUCCUUGAGAUUGUUGCUACGUUUUGGACCUGACAACCCCGAAGCGAUUGCCGAGUUACCAGUCGACUAUAUGGCGGAUGUCCUCAAUGCCGAUCUUCUCUAUGUUCAUUCAGAGUACGAGCGUUAUUGUCUAUUGAGGGACGUGCUUUCCGAAUUCAUGCUGUCGGUGGGUGAAAUCCAUUGGACACCUCAAGGCCCUGUGGAUCAAGAUCAUAAGCGUCUUUCUGGAUUUGUGAAACCAAUGCGACAGCAACAACAAAUCACCACUCCACAAACACCCUUGAUGACAGCUGUCAAAGCUCGCAAACGCAAACGUAUUCCAUCUCAAGAACUAGCUCCUCCUCCUUCUUCUUCUUCAAUCAGGCAUCAAAGGACCACACGUCUCAGCUUUUCUGCCACUGUCCCUUUCCAAACCUUGAUUGAAGAUGCAUCUUCAGGGGGUGUGAUUGACAAGGCCACUGUAUUAUCCUAUCUUUUACGCAACACGAUCAACUACAGCAACAUGGCGUUUGGUCAACUUACCAAUGUACGAGCGGAUGGUAUUGUGGAUGAGGGGAUUGUUUUUCGUGCCUUGUGGCAGCGGAUGGCUUUACAACGCAUCAUUUUCCCGGAUCAACAAGUGCCCAGUCAACAAUUACGGGAUGCUGAAGCUUUGGAUGAAUACUUUGAUGUGGAUUCGGAUCGACGCCAUCAGAUCUUGCUGGGAGUCCCCAAAUAUCGGUUCUGCGUCUCGAUUCAAUUGCCCUCACCGAAUGUUGCCAAUGGAUGGGUGUAUGAGGAACCUGAGCCAUCAUCACAAAUCAUUGAAACGGUCAUGGAAUCAUCUGAUGACAGCAGUGAACAAAUCAAUGACAACGAAGGAGAAAUGUACGAAGAUGAGGAAUUGGAUCGAUUAUUGGAGAAUGAGGAAGGCGUAUUGAAUGCAACGACGGAACCAGUAACACCGGCCAUCAGUGAAUCCUCUUGUUCACCACCCACAGACGUCAUUUGGAAAAAGACUUGUUAUUCAGACACCAAGGAAAUUCUCGGCAAGACGUAUCGUGUACGUGUGGAUGCACAGAAUAUUGCAGGACGUUUAUUGCAUAUGGGUGAUGAUGAGCAAGACUAUGAUGAUAUUCUACUAUGUCGAUUUGGAUUGGAUACCUUGUUGAACAAUGACACCUCCUCACAACAACAACGAUUGGAUCAGGACCAAGAAAAGAGUUCUCAGGCAUCGUCAUCACCACCUCAAGAAGAAAAGACGCCCGUGCCAUCCAAAAGGCCUAGUCGCGAACCCAAAAUCCGAUAUUCCAUCUAUUGUCUCAACCGACAUCAACAUAUCACGGAGAAUGAUCGAGUGAGUGAUGAAGAUCGUGUCAUGAUACCAGUCAGUGAACAAUCCAAAGAUGAUCCUAAUUCCCCAUGGACCGGUUCUUGUACCAAAGUGCGCAUGGAUGGAUAUGAUAAGGAGCGUGGCAUCUUGAUUGAUCUUGUUGUAGUAUUGGAGCUUACUUUUUAG